CCAUUUAAACAAACACGGUAUUGCCGAAGAUGGCGGAGAGUUUGUAGAGGCUUUAAAGAAGCUGGUGCAGUCAAUGAAAGCGUCGAAGCCGGAGAUGUUGAGACCCUGAGAAGUGAUGCAGGCCCUGAAUGGAGUUUGACUGGGGCUUAUACUACCUAAGGUGCUGAUAUGUGCUGAAAAUGAGUGGCGUAGGAGACAACUCAGUAGAGCCGCUGUGCUCCGAUCGCAAACGCAAACUGUCCAGCUGUGACGCACCAGGCCUAGGGUGUGACAAGCGUCGGAGGGAACAGGAGAGCAAGUACAUCGAAGAGCUGGCAGAGCUCAUCUCUGCCAACCUCUCCAACAUCGACAGCUUCAACGUCAAGCCUGACAAAUGUGCCAUACUCAAAGAGACCGUGAGGCAGAUCAGGCAAAUAAAAGAGCAAGGAAAGAGCUCUUGCAGUGACGACGACGUGCAGAAGGCAGAUGUGUCCUCCACUGGUCAAGGAGUCAUUGAUAAGGACCAUCUGGGGCCACUGCUCCUGCAGGCAUUGGAUGGCUUUCUGUUUGUGGUUAACCGAGAGGGCAGCAUUGUGUUCGUAUCCGACAAUGUGACACAAUACCUGCAGUACAAGCAGGAAGAGCUGAUCAACACCAGCGUGUACAACAUUAUCCACGAUGAGGACAGAGAUGAGUUUCACAAGAACCUGCCUAAGUCUAGCGCAACUAACGGGGCUCCUUGGGGCGGAGACGUGCCCCAACAGAAAAGCCGCACCUUCAGCUGUCGCAUGCUGGUGAACCUGGUUCAUGGUCUGGGUCAUGGGUUGUCUGAAGAGAGACCAGGGGGGAAGCGUUAUGAGACAAUGCAGUGUUUUGCUCUCACUCAGCCCCGGGCCAUGAUGGAGGAGGGAGAUGAUUUACAGUCAUGUAUGAUCUGUGUAGCGAGACGAAUCACUGCAGUGGAGAGGACGGAGAGGUUUAGCUCUCGCCAUGAACUCUCUGGUAAGCUGAUUGAAAUUGAACAUCAAAGCUCUCUGCACACCACAAUGCUUCCAGGGUGGGAAGACUUGGUCAAACGCUGCUUGCAGAUGUUCCUUCAUAGAAGUGAAGGACAGCCAUGGUCAUACAAACGCCACUAUCAAGAUGCUUUCCACAACGGACGCUCAGAGACACCUCUCUACCGCUUCUCUCUCUCUGACGGGACCCCAGUCACUGCUCAGACAAGGACCGAGCUCUGUAGGAAUCGCAACACAAAUGAGCCACUGUCUUUCCUCUCCACUCACCUGCUGCAAAGGGAGCACAGUGCUUACCGUGGAACACAGAGUGGCCCCCUGAGGCCCCAAAACAUGAGUGUGAACAAUCCCAACCAGCAGAUGAACAUGGGUCCAGGGGGAAAUAUGGGCAUGAACAGGGGGUAUGGCAUGGUGGAGCAGAGCAACAUGCAGCAAAGAGGAGUUCCCCCCUACUCUGUGGGUGGACGCAUAAAUCCUAUGAACCAGAUGAAUCAUAUCAAUCCCAUGCAUCAGAUGAAUCAAAUGAAUCCCAUGCAUCAGAUGAACAACAUGGGUCAGAUGAAUCAAAUGAAUUCCAUGCAUCAGAUGAAUUCAAUGAAUCAAAUGGGGUCCAUGAACCAGAUGAAUCCGAUGGGCCAUCAUAGCAUGCAGCAGCACCAGCAUCAGCAGAUUGGCCCGUUCCAUGGAGGCGCAGCAUACGGGGUGGGUGUGACCAGCCCGACUCAAGCCAGUCCAGGGAUCAACGGGCCACACAAUGUGAUAGGUUCACCUAGAGUCAGAGGAAGCCCCAAGACAGGUGCCAGUCCCUUCUCUCCUGGAGCUUUGAGCUCUCCCAUGAGCUCCAGCCAUACUGGGAGCUCUGGAGGUGGAACAGGAGGAGCCAGCUUUUCCAGCAGCUCCUUAAACGCCCUCCAAGCCAUCAGCGAGGGCGUUGGUAACCCAAUGUCUGCAUCUCUCACAUCUCCACCACCCCACAAGCCGGACAGCUCCCCAAGCAUCAACUCCACCAACCAGGCAGCAGGGGGAUCCUGUAAAGCAGGCCCCCCGCCAUAUUCAGAAUCCAAGAGCCCAGGCAGCUCACUGGGGCCUGCUGGAGAGCAGCAGCUCUCGCACACCCCGACCACUGAGGGCCUUCCUGACAGGCCGGACAGCCACGCUUGCAUUGGCACGGGAGAGUCCAAUCGACGGGCCCCUGACAAGUGCAACAGGAAGCUUCUGCAGCUCCUCACAUCUCCUACAGAUGAGCUGGUGCCGCCUAAUCAAACGCUAACAUCUGCACCCACUUCAUCACCAGACAUGAAGGACGGAGCCCCUGGAGUAACCAGUCCCUCCUCUACAACAGGAGUGUCAUCCUCCACGAAUGGGAAUCACGGCGCUGUGUCGUCCUCUGGGGCCACAAACCAGUCACUGCAGGAAAAACACAAGAUCCUUCACAAGCUCCUGCAGAAUGGGAACACGCCUGAUGAUGUGGCUCGCAUCACAGCCGAGGCCACGGGCAAGAGCAGCUUGGAUUCAGGGACACCGGAGCCAGGUCCUGCAGCCUCUGCAGGGGGAAAGGGAUCCGAAUCCAAGAAGGAGCAGCACAGUCCCAAAAAGGAGAAACCCCGUCCCCUCCUUCAAUACCUUCUCAAUAAAGAUGACUCUAAAGAAGGUGGCGAUGUAAAGCCAAAGCUGGAGGAUUUGGACAGGAGAGGAACAAAGGGGGUUGGAGUCACCAGCUCGGGCCCUCAUAGCAUGGAUGGGAAGGUGAAGCUGGAGCCAUCUGAUGAGACGGAGACUCUGGAGACCAUUUUGGGUGUUCCACGGAGCAACUCCGGAUUCUAUCCUGAAACCGACUCCAGAGCUGGAAAGGAAGCAGGAAACAAACAGGGAGCAAUGCCAGACAGUUUCCUUGAUGGGGAAAGAGUCUCUGGCAUGCCUGCGCAGCGUGCACCUUUUCAGAGAGCCUUGUCCUUGGAUGCUAAGCCCAUUGAUGGAGAGAUAGCAGCAGGAGGUGGACUGACAACAAGACAGAAUGUCCCCUGUCCAUCAUUGGUUAAACAGGAGAACAUGGAGCCUUCAAUACGACCCGGAGCUGUGCCCAAUGGCUUUCCUGGAGGCAUGGGUGUGUGUCCACCACGAGGAAACGCAACAAGAGGCAUGGGCAGGGGUAUCCAUCAGCGUCCUCCAAUGGCAGUUCCAGGGGAAUGGGGAAUGCAGAGGCCCAACAGCAACCCUGUGACCGGACCGGGACACCCGGGCAUGGCUCGUUCUGGCCAAAUGGGAGUACCCAUGAUGAACCGCUCCAACAGUGUCCCUGCAAACACCAGAUCUAUGCUGCAACAGCAACUCAUGGAUAUGGGUAAUAAUGAAGGUGGUAUGGUCAUGAGCCCAUUUGGUGGAAAUGGCCCUCCUCAGUCUCCCUCCUGGCCUGACCCUGCCAUGGGAAUGGACAGACCGCAAAACUGUACAAACAGGGACACGUUUGUGCAUCCCCUUGAGGAGCUCCUGGGGACUCUGCCCAGUAAUGAUGGUCCAACUGAUGAAAGGGCUCUUCUUGACCAGCUAGACUCUCUUCUCAAAACCACUGAUGUCAUUGCUCUGCAGGAGAUAGACAGAGCCCUGGGAAUCCCUGAAAUAGUUGGCCAGGCGCAGGGACCCGAAGGCCCCCAGCAAUGCCCAGAUCAAGUACAGGGGUCAUGCCUCCCAUCGGAACCCUUUCCGGGUCUCAACUCCUCCAUGACCUUGGACCAAAAACCUAUGUAUGGCCAGGCCUACCCAGGUGCCCCAUCGAUGGGAAUGCAGCCUGGUUAUGUCGGUAACACGAUGCAAGGCCAGUCUCCUGGAGGCUUCAACCCCAUGAUGAACCAGAUGGGCCAGGCAGGAGGCUUCCCUGGCAUGGCAAGCAUGGGGGCCAUGGGUAACCCCCGUGCAAACAUGCAGAGACCUCGCAUGAUGACUGCCACCAAACCUCUCCGUCUGCAGCUGCAGCAGCGACUACAGGGACAGCAGUUUAUGAACCAGGCACGACAAGGCAUGAAAAUGGAAAAUGUCCCUGGAGGAAGCCCCGCCAUGCGCUCAGCCAUGCAGCCUGGCAUGCAGUCAGCAGGAAUGAGUGGUCAGCCUGGUUUCAUGAAUGCCCAGAUGAUAGCUCAGCGCAACAGGGACAACAUGAUGAGGAGGCAAAGGAUGAUGAUGCUAAUGCAGCAGCAGCAGCAGAAUCAAGCAGCAGCAGCAGCAGGAGGCUUCAGCCCUCCUCCUAAUGUCACAGCACCAGGGGGCAUGGAAAGCCCCAUGGGAGGGCCCCCCAUUAAUCAGCCUGGACAGCAGGGUUUCAACUAUGGAAGUAACUACGGGAUGAACCAGCAGGGGGACUCAACUUUCAUGGCUCCCGGUAGCAGUCCGCCAGGAAACAUGAUGCAAGGCCGAAUGGGAGGUCCUCCUCACAACACCAUGAUGGCUGUUAGGCAGGGGAAUCCCCAGGGUGGCCACAUGUACACAUCUGGAGACAAAGGCUGGCCACAGGGAGGAAUGCCACGCAAUAGCCCGUAUCCUCAGCAACAGUUCCCACAGCCAGCCAACCAGGGCCAGUUUGGACCCAUGAUGAUGAACGCCACAAUGAGUGGACCUGGGCCAGUCAGUGGCUCAGCAGCAGGGCAGAUGGCUCAGAUGCAAGGCCAAAUGGGCAUGAACCCUAUGGGAAUGAGCAGACUCCCAAUGGGACCUGAUCAGAAGUAUUGCUGAGGACCUGUAGCAGACUCUUUCAGCUGGGAAGGCCUGGGCUGGACCAGGACCAGACCGUAGAUAUUCCCCUGCGAAAGAGAGCAUAAAUGAUUACACAGAAGACUGGGUACAGUGCGUGGUAAUAUGGCAUUGUACUGCAAUAAAAGAAAUGAGCCACAGAGACUACUUUGUGCAAGUCGGAGCCUUGGAAGCACAAAGACAACAUGGCUGUGUGGGUCUGUUUGGGUGCCCAACCUAGAGCUGUGGGGCAGUAUUCAGCGCCACAGCCGGGCUACAGAACAGGACUAAGGUACAACUGGCUGUGGCUGCACUUUACCAGGAAGCUUCUUUGUUUCUGUCGGGGAAAAAAGGUGGAUGCAAUAUUCCUUCAUCUUUACAGCCUUACUAGAGAUUCAAUGCCUUUACAACAGUAUGUUUAGUUUAUUGCUUUUUCCUUAGCCUUUGAAUGCACCUCAUUCUUAAGUCAUUGAAAGCUAUAAGCACACAGUUUACUAAUAAUGUUAUGCAGAUUGGAGCAAUAAUUCUUGCCUCUAUGCUUUCGGCUGUAACUGAGCAUCAUAAUCCAUGUUUAAAAAAAACAAAUGGUACUGCAGUAUUAGACGUCUCAUAUGUCUUCUGUGAAUAUGAAUUGUAAAUACUUGAGAAAUAUAUAUCACACCUGCUUUUUAUAGGCCCAUUCUAGCACAAAGAGAUGAGACCUGGUUGUAUUUUUGUGUCCCAUAGGUCAACAUUGAUUUGGUUGGUUUUUACCAUUUGCAACACAUUUGGUGUCAUUUUCCGAAUGCUUUUACAUUUUCCUUAAAGGUUUGUGUUUCACCUUUUAGCAAGGCACUUUUUAUAAGCGAGGAGUACCUGACCUGUUGAAGGUUUGUGCUUUGACCCGGUCACGGGUUUUACAGGAAGUUGGUUAAAGUGACCGAACAAAAAGAGAUGAACUAGUUAAGGUGAGUUAAUUGAUUUAGUUGAGACACCUUCCUUUCCCACGAGCUCCCUCCUUCAGCUGCAGGUUUAGUUCGCGCCAUCUUAGUUUUGACUGUUAUUGACUGGCAGGAUCUACCUUUUCAACACGCGCAAUCCAAAGAUAUUUUUCCACGUCUCUGUGUAUAGUUAUAGGUUUUCUGAUGUACAUUUUUUUUUUUGAGAUGUGUUAUCUAUCAUUGGAACGGUAAAUGGGUACAUAUCAUGGAUGUUUAAAAACAAAAAAAAGAAAAACAUAGGACGCUUCUGGAAAUGGAGGAGACUGCUCAGCUCAGCGAAGUGAAGAGGACCUGAAACUUUGAACUUGUUGGAAGUUUUUCCUUCCAGGAAACAAAAGCAUGUGUUGCUGUGUUCAACAAAUACCAAUGGAAUGACAUCCACUUUGAAACAUAUCAAAUAUUUCUUCUAUUUUUCAGGAAGUAGCAUUGAUUUUUGUUACUUCAAGAAACAGGAACUUUGUUGAGUGAAAUGAAGUACAAAAGAGAGAAUUUUUUGUUUUUCUUUGUUUGGAGGUGGAAUAAGCUGACAUUUUACGGGAUGUAUAUUACAAUGUUUUCUGUUGAUGUUGAUAUUGUUGUAAAUACAAAUUUAUAUUUAAA